AUGUCUGCUGAAGUUGAAGUGGCCAAACUAUCAAAGUCGGUGAGUGAAUCCUCCGACGAUUCUGCGGCCUUUGUGGCCCUGCCGCAGAAGCGAAACUACCGACAGCGGGCGCACUCCAACCCAAUAGCCGACCACUGCAUGGACUACCCGAUAACGCCGGACUUGAUCGAUUGGAGCAUCUUCUACCCCGACUACAAAGCAGAGACCAGCAAUGGCGUCGAGUUUCUCGAUAUUGGCUGCGGAUACGGUGGACUGCUGGUGGAGCUCUCGCCACUCUUUCCGCAAACACUGAUGCUCGGAAUGGAGAUUCGCGUAAAGGUGUCCGACUACGUGAUGGACCGAGUAAAGGCUCUGCGCGUCCAGCACGAAGGACAGUAUCGAAAUAUCAACUGCAUUCGCAGCAACGCCAUGAAGUACCUGCCCAACUUUUUCCGAAAAGGCCAACUGAGCAAGAUAUUCUUCCUCUUUCCUGAUCCACACUUCAAGAAGCAAAAGCACAAGUGGCGAAUCAUCUCAAGCACGCUACUGUCAGAGUAUGCCUACUUCCUCCGAGUGGGUGGUCACGUUUACGUGGCCUCCGAUGUGAAGGAGCUGUACGAGUGGAUGUGUAAGCACCUGCAGGAGCAUCCGCUCUUUGAGCAGUUGCCCGAAUCCGAAGUGAAACUCGACCCAGUCGUGGCCAAGUUUCCUCUCACCGAGGAAGGGAAGAAGGUGACCCGAAACGGCGGUGAUAUGUGGAACGCCGUCUUUCGACGCAUUGAGGAUCCCUUUGUGAGAGAGCAGUGA